GCCUUAAGAGAUAUUUGGGAAUAAUUACCUACGCAUAGUGAACAAAGCUCUUGUGUUACAAGUGAAAGCACAAUUGCAUUGCUCUUUCGCUUCUCUACAAAUUAUUUCAUAACAUAUUGUUAUCAUGGGAAUUUUUUUCAAAUACACAAAAUCAUCGGCGGCAGAAUAUCCGUAGCAGCAAAUAUAAUUGAGAUAAUGUUGAAAAAUACCUAUCAUUUGUCUCGAUAAAAUUGAGCCAUUAAUUUGCUCAAGGAACUUACAUGAAUAAAAAGAUAGUUAUUUGAAUUAAUAAAUGCAAGAACUAUAACAGAAAACAUUUGCUAUUUUAAGCACAGCUCGUUUCAUUUGCGUUAUGACGUGUCAUACGUUAACCAAUAAGAAGUACUUUAGCAAUCACCUGCUAGGCAAUUUCGCGCCACUCCAACAAGUCCAUUCAUCGACAUUCAUUCAUGAUCAUGAUAAACAAAAGAACGUAGCGGACGUGGCAGACCUAAUAAUCCCGAAAGGAUUAGAACAUUUACAAAAAUUUACUUGUUUUUCACACUUUAUAUAUACUAUACAGUUAAGUGGUUACUAGUCUGGGAUAAAGAAGACGUGUUCUUGGAUUCAUUUUGAACGCGCGGAAGAAAGAAUGUGCAAAUAUAACUUUGUUUUAACAUGUUUCUUUCUUGUGUCUCUUGCCAUCGUAUCUUCAGUGUGGGGUCGAAAAGAGUUCUCAUGUUCUGAAAAUGAAUUUAUGUGUAACAUAAGUCAAACAUGUACUCAUCUUCGAUGGAAAUGUGAUGGUGAAGAUGACUGUACUAAUGGCGAAGAUGAACUUAACUGUCCUCCAACGACGUGUCUGCCCGACCAUUACCAGUGCCGCAGUGGACGAUGUAUCCCCAACUCCUGGAUAUGUGACGGUUCCAAAGAUUGCCCGGAUGAAGACGAUGAGGCCCCAAAACGACAGUGUAAUGGUUCAUCCUGUCGAAGCGAUGGUUUUCAAUGUCGUAAUGGUGAUUGUAUCAAGAAAGUUUAUCAAUGUGAUCGUGAACACGAUUGUGACGACAAAAGCGAUGAAAUAGAUUGUCCUGAUCUGGUUUGUUUAUCGACGGAAUUCAAGUGUGCCAACAAUCUCACAUGUAUUGCUCAGGAAAUGAAAUGCAAUGGUGUAAAGAACUGUGCUGAUAAUAGCGAUGAAAAAGACUGUGCAUGUAAUCCAGUCAAUCAAUUGACGUGUCCCAAUGGAAUAUGUAUACCGUUAUCAUUUCAAUGUGAUGGUGACGAGGAUUGCUCUAAUGGCACAGAUGAAAUAGGUUGCCCACCGGCUCCUUCAAAACCAUCUUGUCCUCAGCAUAAAUUUCAAUGCAGUAAUGGAGAAUGUAUACCAGAAGACUGGAGAUGUGAUGGGGAAGUCGACUGCAAUGACGACUCUGACGAACUAAACUGUUCUCUCAAUUGUUCUUCAAAUCAGUUCACGUGUACUGAGUCAGGAAAAUGUAUUUCCAAGGAUUUUAGAUGUGAUGAUGUCAAAAACUGUGAUGACGGUUCGGAUGAAAUAAAUUGUGAACCGCUGACAUUGUGCACAGCUGUCUCAGACAGUUCUUUUCGCUGUGGUACAACAUCGUAUUGCAUAAAUGAAAGCAAAGUUUGCAAUCAUUUAAAAGAUUGUCCUGGAGGUGAAGACGAAGCUUUCAAUUGUGAUAUUGACGAAUGCAAGGACCAUAACGGACACUGCAGUCAUAUUUGUAGUGAUCUACCUAUUAGAUACAAAUGUGAAUGUCGUCUGGGUUAUAAACUUGCUAACGACAGCAAAUCAUGUGAAGACGUGAAUGAAUGCAAGGAAGUGUAUGGUUCCUGUAGUCAGUUAUGCCAAAAUCUCAAAGGGAAUUUCAAAUGUAGUUGUGUGGAGGGUUAUUUUCGAGAACUUGGUGUCAACCAUGAAACAUGCAGAGCGACAGGUUCAGAGCCGUAUUUACUCUUUGGUGCUGAGAGCACAGUUCAUAAUCUAACAAUAUCCGCAAGGCAUUUCGGGAAUGUUGUCGUCAAUCUUAAAGCACCGAGCGCUAUAGCCUAUGAUCUAAAAGAUGGCUACGUAUACUGGAGUGAUGCUCUUAGUGAAAACAUUCAACGCGCUCAACUUCAUCGCAAAGAAUUGGUAGAGACACUUGUUGAUGAAGCAGUGCAGUGUAAAGGUAUAGCCAUAGACUGGAUUGGCCGAAAGAUAUAUUGGAGUGACCAGUUCUCUGGGUAUAUUCAAGUAUCGGAUCUGAAUGGCGGAAACAGUUCUAAACUCUUUAACUGUUCACCAAAUAUUCCACGUGGUAUAGCAGUUGAUCCGUAUGCUGGAUACCUCUUCUGGACAAGUUACGAUGGCUCUCAUCCAAAGAUAGAACGAGGGAGCAUGGAUGGCGAUCCAUUUUCCCGUAUUACUCUUCUUGAUACGAAUAUAGAAAUGCCAACUGCAAUAACUGUUGAUACUAUCACUAAAAGACUUUUUUACGUUGAAACAAAGAUGCGGCGAAUUGAAACUAUCACCUACGAAGGUCGUGGACGAAAAAUGUUAAUAUCGAAUGGACUAAUACAUCCUCUAGGGUUAGCUUUGUUUGAAGAUCGUUUGUAUUAUACUGACUUCUCGUUGAACACCAUCUUUGUGGCAAAUAAAAGAACAGGAAAAAGUGUCGGGAUACUCAAGGACAGUCUUAGACGACCUACCGGACUAAGUAUUGUUCAUCCGCUUCUUCAAAAACAAGUUUUACCCAAUGUAGCGUAAAUAACGGUGGUUGCUCUCAUCUUUGCCUGUUAUCGAGUACUUCCAAGAAACAUUACAGCUGUCGCUGUCCACAAGGAAUGCAGUUAGGUGAAGAUGAAAAAAGCUGUGCUGGUGUAAUGAAACUAAAGCCAACUAUGAGCAUUGUUUCAUGGGAAAAAAUAAAUGUUUCUACUUCAGUGGAGGAGUCACCAAAAAGACCAACCAAUGUUGGAUUAAAGAACAGGAGGGAUUCAUCAAAUUCAGGUUCAGUUAUUGCUGGAGUUACAGUUGCGGUCUUAGCCUGUUUCCUCCUCAUUUUUGCUGCCAUAUUCUACUGGCUAAGAAGGCGCAAGAUAGCAGAUAGCAGCAUCUUGUUCUACAAAGACAACUCAACUACUCCCUUGCAAUCUGAUUUUGACGAAGAUCUCACUAAGGACGUUGGUGCAAUGUCACAUGUACAAUUCACGUGAUCCGUAAACCAAUCAAAAGAGACUUCAAUGUAUAGGAAAGUUGUAUUAUAAUCAAUUAUAGAUAAAGACUAUUUAGAUACAGUAUUCCCCAAGGGAAAACGCUAAUUAGAAAACGAGAAAAUCACA